AUGGGAGGAUCCGCUAGCACCGAGGUUCCUGGGGGUGGCACAGAAGGCUAUCAUGUUCUCAGGGUACAAGAAGGGUCCCCUGGACAUAGAGCUGGCCUGGAAGCUUUCUUUGAUUUUAUUGUUGCCAUUGGAAACACACGUCUGAAUCAGGACAAUGACACAUUGAAAGAACUGCUGAGAGCAAAUGUGGAGAAACCCCUCAAGGUGAUUGUGUACAGUAGCAAGACUCAGAGUGUGCGAGAGGUCAGCUUGGUGCCAUCACACAACUGGGGAGGUCAAGGUCUUCUAGGUGUUAGCAUUAGGUUCUGUUCGUUUGAAGGUGCUAAUGAGAAUGUGUGGCAUAUUUUGGAAGUGCAGCCAAACUCGCCAGCAGAUCUGGCAGGUCUCAAAUCUGAUGUGGACUUUGUUAUUGGGGCAGAUUCUGUUUUACACGAGUCUGAGGAUCUCUUCACUUUGAUUGAGUCCCACGAAGGGAAAGCCCUCAAGCUCUACGUCUACAACACAGAGUCUGACUCUUGUAGGGAGGUUACUAUUACACCCAACAAAGCUUGGGGUGGGAAAGGAAGCUUGGGCUGUAACAUAGGUUAUGGCUACCUUCAUCGAAUCCCCAAGAGACAGUUUCCUUCUGGCAAACCCAAGGGAGAUCUGUCAGCAGUAACACCAUCUGCUCCACCACCUUCACCACCAAGGGAUGGCUUCUCUGAGGUGUCCUUCAGUGGUGUGCCUCCGCAGUCAAAUAUCAUAGCUGGGCUGGAUCAGCUGUCCCUCAACACAGGCACACCAACGAUUCCAGUUGUAUCCCCCCAGUCGUUUCCUUACACACAGGCCAAUUUGGCAGGGCUGGCAUCGCCAGGUGGCCCGCAAGCUCCUGGACUGCCCAGCCUCUCCAAUCUGCCUGGGUUGACAAACCCCAUCUCCCUGUCCGGGUUGCCACCAGUUUCGCUGAAUGCAAGUGGAGCCCAGGGGCUGACAACUGCCCAGGGUCUGCCGCCUCCCAUCUCUUUGCCAGGAUUUUCCCCAGUGAAUCUUGGCGGUGGGGGGACUCAGGGACCCACACUGCCUGGUUCAUUGCCAGGGUUUCCACCAAUGUCUUUUAAUGCUGGAGGUGUGCCAGGAUCUUUCCCUUCACUUCCGUCAGGUGAGUGA